AUGCAAAAACUGACUGAACGCAUAGACGACCUGAAGCAGAGAAUCGCUGCUUGGGGAAAGCGGAUUGGGCGAUAUACCGAGAGGUUGACACGGUUCAACCAGCAUCGUCUCUUCCAGAGUGAUCAAAAGAGGCUUUAUAAAUCAUUGGAGCGACCAACGGUAAGUAGAACGGGGCCAGUAUCGAAUCAGGCCGACACUGUCGCAUUCUGGCACGGUCUGUGGUCAGAGCCCGUAAACCACAGCGAGGGCCCUUGGACAGAAGCUGUUGUGAGUCAGUGUGCGAAUAUAACGCACAUGGACCCCGUAAUCAUAACGCCGUAUGACGUAGCUGAGGCGGUCCGUAGGGCACCAAACUGGAAAAGUCCGGGACUAGACGCGCUGCAUCACUACUAG